AAGAGAAAAUUGACAUUUAGCCAUCGUCAGGAUGGGGUUUCGCCAGAAUGCCACUCCGGAUUGUGGCUUCGUUAUAAUGCCAUUUUCGAACGACGCCACAUUGCUACUUUGCCAUUUCGACCAAAUUAGCUGAUUUGCAAAUGAUUUCCACCGUGGUGUGACAAAAUUGCCCCUGUGACCAUUUAGUUGACUUGCGUGGAGGAGAUGGAUCCCUGGCGCCGGCGCGGCUGGGGACGGAGAUGAUGCCGGCGUGGGUGGAGAAGGCUGCUCGGCUCAGCGGCGUGGCUGGGACGAUGGUGGCGUCGGCGACGCCAUCCGCGUCGACGUAGGAUAACAUCCCCACUUGCCCCAACCAUGUCGGCGCCGCCGCCAUCCCUGUCCCCGUCCCCGUCCCCAGCCGUGUCGCCGCCUUCCCCAUCCCCAGCUGCACCGACGCCACCGCCUGUAUGUCCACAUGCUCCACCGUCGCCAUCCCACCCUCACGCAAGAAGCAUCCCGAUGACACACACGACGGUGGCGCGACGAUGGCUAGUUCUGAAGGCAAGGCGGCUGCUACAUCUGAGGCCGGGGUGACGGUGGCGGCUAUGGCGGAGGCGGCGUCAGCUAGGUUUGGGGGCAGCCUUCCCCACCCACGCCGGCGUCGUCCCCUUCCCCGUCCCCGUCCCCAGCUUAGCUGGCGUCGUCCCCGUCCACAGCCACGCCACCGAGCCGUGCUGUGUAUAUGCAACGGAGAGGAAGAAGAGAGAGAUGAGAUAGGAUAAAGGGUAUUUUAGUCAUCUCAGCAAGAAAAAACACUACAAAAAUCAUUAAAUUGAGAAGAAAUGGAUAAAAUGGCAUUACAACAUGUUGCCCCUGUUUGAGGAUGGCAUUUUAACGAAACCACUUUUGGGAGUGGCAUUCGAGCGAAACCCCGUUUUGACAAUGGCAAAAUGUCAAUUUUCUCAUGACAAAACCCUUUUCACUUGAGUUCUGCAGAACCAGUGGCAGCAGCAGCCGGCGGCGAGCCAUGGCAAGAAGCCAGCAAGCCGCUCCGCCGCCUCACCUCCCGUCGUCCUCGCCGCGCCGCCGCCUGCCGUCCUAUGGUACGUAGCCUCCUCGCGCGCCUCGAACCCCCUCGUACGUCACGACGGCUGUGCCCUCGCUGCAGGGAGGCCCCCCCCCACCCGUUCGGCGAAAUGCGCAGCUGGAGCGCUUUGCCUCGGCUUGUACUCUGGCGUCGAUGCCAUGAUUAUGUCGGUCUCCAUGGGUGAUGCAUUCCCGGCCCUGGGAUCCUACCCGCAAAAGAGCUGCUGUCCCGCGAGGCCCCGCUCGAUUUCGUUCUUGCCCCUGCCAGAAGGAAAAGCACUGGGAGGGGAAUAAGUGCACAUCAAUGGGGAUUUUCUCUGGCUGGAAAGCAAGCAAGAUAGCAGAAGGCACUCACAUAGCUUGCUACCUUCUGCAGCACUAUAAAUACGUUGUUGCUAUCUUCCACACCACUACACACAAAUAGCUUACAGCCCUUGUCUGCGAACAAGAAAAAUGGCCGUUGUCCUAGAUGCUUUUGCGUCCUACGUCAGCGACCUGCUCUUGCAGGUGGCCAAAGAUGAGGUGGGCAUGCUACUUGGUGUCUCCGACGAGAUCACCAAGCUAGAUGAAAAGCUUCAAUUUCUCAAGGACUACCUUGCUGAUGCUGAAAAGAAGCGCAUCACCGACAAGCAUGUUGACGGGUGGGUGAGGAAGCUGAAGGGCAUCAUGUAUGACGCCACUGACAUCCUAGAGCUCUGCCAGCUUAAGGCCAUGGAGCAGGGUUCUUCAGUUGACUUGGGCUGUUGCAACCCCUUGCUGUUCUGCCUACGGAAUCCAUUGUUCGCGCAUGACAUUGGCAGCCGUAUCAAGAAGCUCAACCAGAGCCUUGAUAGCAUAUGCAAGACAGGUGCCGAGUUUAGCUUCAUGAAGCUGGAAGCCUAUCAAGAUCGAAGGACUGCCUCUCCGCUCAUCAGUCGUACAACAUCACCGGUGUUGGAGCGGUCAGGUGUGGUUGGUGAUCAGAUCGAAGAGGAUACAUCAGCAUUGGUGAAGUUGCUAACUGAUGACAAGGAGACCAUUCAUGCGGAGAACAAUAGCCUGUUGUUAGCCAUAGUGGGUGUUGGUGGCAUUGGCAAGACUACUCUUGCCAAGAACAUCUUCAAUGAUGAUGCCAUCCAGGAGAAGUUUGACAAGAAGAUAUGGUUGAGUGUCACGCAGAAGUUCAAUGAACCUGAUCUCCUGAGGAGUGCCAUCAUUGCCACCGGGGGUGAUCACCGCAGCUCACAUGACAGAUCUGUGCUUGAGCUAAGCCUUCUGAAUGCCAUCAAGGGGAAGAAUUUCAUUUUGGUGCUGGAUGACAUGUGGACUGAAAGAGCAUGGAAUGACUUCCUCCAGAUACCAUUCAGUCAUGGUGGUCGAGGUAGCCGAGUCAUUGUUACCACAAGAGAUGAGAGAAUUGCCAGGGGGGUGAAAGCCAAGUACCUUCACCAUGUCAACAAACUAGGAUCUGACGAUGCUUGGUCCCUGCUCAAGAAACAGGUUAUCCUUAGUGAGAUAGAUGAGCCUGAGAUUGAGGCACUAAAGGAUGUCGGAAUGGAGAUAAUAGGAAAAUGCGAUGGUUUACCACUCGCUAUCAAAGUGCUAGGGGGCCUCUUGUGCAGAAGAGAUAGAAACCAUGGUGUUUGGUCAGAGAUUUUGAGUAAUUCUACAUGGUCAGUUGAUGGAAUGCCCCAAGACCUAAACUAUGUGUUGCACCUGAGCUAUGAAGAUCUCUCUCCUCAUUUGAAGCAAUGCUUCCUGCACUACUCACUUAUCCCUAAAAAUGUUGUCCUUGGUUAUGAUACCAUUAUUGGUAUGUGGAUCAGUGAAGGACUUGUACUUCAAUGCACAAAAGGAUUAGAAGAAUUAGGAGAAGAUUACUACAAGGAGUUGAUCAUGAGAAAUCUUUUGGAGCCAAGUAUAGAGUAUGUUGAUCAAUGGCACUGCACGAUGCAUGAUGUUGUCCGCUCAUUUGCUCAUUAUGUGGCUAGAGAUGAAGCAUUGGUGGUUCAAGGUAGACAAAUUGAUAUUAGUAAUCUUCAUUCACAGAAGUUCUAUCGAUUAUCCAUUCAAACUGAUGAUGAAGUAGAGUGGAAUCUUCUAAAAGAGCAAAUGUCACUCAGAAUGUUAAUAUCAGUAAGUGAUAUCAAGCUAAGGCCUGGUGAUUCAUUGGGCAACUUUUCAGGUCUACGGAUCUUGUGUAUAAAUUCAUCAAAUUUUCUUCCUUUGGUUGACUCUCUGUGCCAAUUGAAGCACCUAAGGUACUUGUCCUUGGCAACAGAUGAUAUAUCUAGAUUGCCAGAUGACAUUGGCAAGAUGAAAUUCUUGAUGUACAUUGACAUUAAUGCAUGUGGAAAUUUGGUGCAACUUCCUAAGAGCAUUUUAAAGCUAAGACAGCUGAGGUAUCUAAGCCUUGGUGACACACAUAUAAAUGCAAUACCUGAGGGGUUCCAUAAUCUGUCAAGUAUUCGGAAAUUAUAUGGUUUUCCAGCUCACAUGGGCACUGGUGGUGUUUCGCCAAAAGAGAAUUGGUGUAGUUUGGAAGAGCUAGAAUGUCUUUCUGAGCUCAGGGAUCUAGACCUAAAUUGUCUUGAGAAUGUCUCUGCCAGCUCUUAUGCUGCAAAGGCUUCACUUUGCACCAAGGAGCAUCUUAUCUUCUUAAAAUUACGCUGCACUAGUAGAUUGGGAGAUGAUGGGUUACUCAAAGAGGAAGGUUUAUCUGAGAUGGAGCAGCGGCUUGUUGAGGAGGUGUUUAAUGAGUUCUGUCCUCCUCGCUGUUUAUACAAUCUUGAAAUUUUUGGAUACUUUGGGUGUUCACUGCCAAAUUGGAUGAUGUCACCAAUAUCCAGAACGCCUCUUACGAGCUUGAGGUAUCUGUUUCUUAAAGACUUGGCUUGUUGCACCCAACUACCUGAUAUUUUGUCUCAGCUCCUUCAUUUGUUCAUGCUACAAAUUGUUCGUGCACCGGCCAUCAAGCGUGUCGGGUCUGAAUUCCUGCUCUGCCAUGAUCAUGGCCAUCAUUCCCUGACGGCGAAAGCAUUUCCAAGAUUGCAAGUGCUAUUCUUCGUGGGGAUGGUGGAAUGGGAGGAGUGGGAGUGGGAGGAACAAGUGCAAGCAAUGGCUGUCUUGGAGGAGCUUUUACUUGAGCGUUGCAAACUGAGGUGCCUUCCUCCUGGCCUUGCCUUCCAUGCAAGGGCUCUGAAGAAACUAUGGAUAUGUGAGGUCCAGAACCUCAAGUCUCUUGAUAACUUCGCUUGUGUUGUUGAGCUCAGUGUGGAUGACAACCCUGAUCUGCAGAGGAUAUCUAAUUUUCCCAAAUUGCGGAAGCUUGACAUUAUGUUCUGCCCCAAAAUGGAAGUAUUGGAGAAUGUGCCAGAACUCAGAAUCCUCACACUUAAGGACUAUAGUAUUGAAACACUCCCUGGUUAUUUGCAGCAAGUAAGCAUGAGGAAUUUGUUCGUGGACUGCAGCUUUGAGCUUCUUAGUUCCAUAGCCAUGGGAGAUACAGGUCCUGAGUGGAACAAGAUCAGCCAUAUCCAGCAAGUGAAGGCUAAUUCAGAUGAUGGAUACGAUGAAACGAUGUGGUAUGUCUCCUACACAAGAGAUCCCUACAGCUUCGAGACAAACAUCAUCCCUUCGUCCAAUCCCAGUGCUUUGCUGCAUCAGAACCAAAUGAUGAGAAGUAGUGCGUUCACAAAAGAACGAGAGCUGAAGUUGCAGUUAUCUAGGAGAAAUGCUAGGAUGUCCCUGUCCUUACAGAAAAGUAGACGGUGGCUUGGUCAAUCUUCUCGCACCAGAUGUUCAGAUCAGAGUUUCGUAGAUUCCAUGAUCAUGGAGGGAUGAUUGUUGAAGGGUGGUCAAGGCAGAUGGAACCACCAUCCCCACUCCUUGUUGGAGGGUGGAUAAUUCGUUGUUGCGAAGAACGGAAAUCAAACUGUAUUUCAAUUCAGCAACCAUUUUCUGGCAUAAUAUGCUUUUUCAGAAAUAAGGGGCACUGCCGUUGAGUUGGCUGUCACAGAGGCCUCAAUUUUAUACUCAUAUACUGCAGUGUUUACCGUAGGUUGCCUUCCUUUCUUGUAUGCAUUUUUUUUUCUGUUUAUUUUGAGAAACAAUGGUUUGUAUAUACAGGAUUAGCAAGACUGGGACUGUCAUUCUUUACUUGUAGUUGUAAGCUGCCCAUGAAAAGCUGUACUCUUGCCGAAAGCGCAGCUGAUUUUUUUACUCAACAGCAGUGUGAGAAGGAUCUUUAUGUGAACUCUAUGUAUGAGUUUUCUAGAUGAAAUUGCAAAAACAAUCCAUUCCAGAAUCAA